CUCAACAACUAUCCAGAAAAAAAGAAAAAAAAAAAAGAAUCAAAGGAGAAGCACCCAACACCAAAUCAUUACUCUUUUUUGUUUCUAUCCACAAUCAAUCAUCAUUUCAUCCAUCAUUUGGGUAUGAAUUUCAUAUGUCCAAUGAAUCUUUCAACAAAAAAGCAAUCCAUUCGAUGAUCAAAGGAAUCUUGGAAGAUGGUGGUUGGGAUUGGAAUUGGUGAGUCUUCGAAUUGUUGGUCACGAGAUUUAAUGACCCAAUUGGUUAGAAAGGGUGAGGGUGGGUCAAGGAACACGAGCCCGAUAGGGCGAGGGGUCGGGUCAAGAAACGUUAGCCCGUCGAAACAGAAGGUGAUCAAGACGAAACCGAGGGGUUUAGAUGAAGAAACCAUGGCUAAGUUUGCUAAACCUCCUCAUACCGAUGUUCAAAUGGAAGAUGACAUAUGGGCUAUGCUGCCCGAAGAUUUGUUGAACGAGAUAUUAGCGUGGGUCCCGCCUUUCAUGAUCUUUCGUCUUCGUUCGGUUUGUAAAAGAUGGAAUUCGAUCCUGUUGGAUAACGGGUUUCUGAAGUUUCAUUCGCAAGUCCCAUCCCAUGGGCCUUGUCUUCUCACAUUUUGGAAAAACUCGCAAUCGCAAACACCACAAUGUUCGGUUUUUAGCUUGCCGUUAAAGCAAUGGUACAGAAUUCCGUUCACAUUCUUACCUCAAUGGGCUAUUUGGUUAGUCGGAUCAUCCGGGGGGUUAGUUUGCUUUUCGGGUCUUGACGGGUCAACUUUCAAAACCCUAAUCUGCAACCCCCUCACACAAACAUGUAGAAUGCUACCAACUAUGCAUUACAACCAGCAACGACAGUUGACCAUGGUUGUUGACCGAAAACAAAAGUCUUUCAAAAUCGUUGCUGCAAACGAUCUUUACGGUGACCAACCGUUGCCAAUCGAAGUAUACGAUUCAAAGCUUAAUAAAUGGUCCGUGCACCAAAAGAUGCCAGCCACCAAUCUUUGCUCGUCAAAGUUGGCGUUUUGUGACCCACGAUUAUAUCUUGAAACACUUUCACCGCUCGGGUUAAUGAUGUACGGGCUCGACACCGGCUACUGGGAACACAUACCCGCAAAAUUCCCGCGAUCUUUAUUAGACGGGUAUUUGAUUUCGGGCACCAAAAAGCGGUUAUUUCUGGUUGGUAGAGUUGGGCUUUACAGUACUCUUCAAAGUAUGAAAAUUUGGGAGUUGGAUCAUGUGAAAGCGACGUGGGUCGAGAUUACCAGAAUGCCAUCGAAAUAUUUUAGAGCUCUCUUGCGGUUAUCCGCAGAGAGAUUCGAGUGUUUCGGACAGAAUAAUUUGAUUCUUUUUACGUCGUGGAAUCAAGGGAAGGGCUUGCUAUAUGAUGUUGAUAAAAAGGUAUGGUCGUGGAUUGCGGGCUGUGCUCUUCAGUUGUAUACAAGUCAGGUAUGUUUUUAUGAGCCGAGGUUCGAUGCUUCAAUCUACUAAACUAACUGCUCGCUGUAAUCGCAAUCGAUUGUGAAGAAACCGGCUUCUAAAUCUUUAUGUAGGCUCAAAUCAAAUUACCUGUGUUUAGAUGUGAGUAUAAUUUUUAUUUAUUCUUUUGUAUACUUACUGAAAAUCUAUUAUGCAUGAAGAAUCUAAACAUAAAACAAUGUUGAAA